UCGGUCGGUGCGGCGUCUGCCCCUAGCGAGAGACGCCGCUCUGGCAAGGGCAAGGGGGGCAGGGGCACUUGAGGAGCUAGCGGGGGCGGUGGAGGUGGAGGUGGAGGCGGCGGGGGGAGUGGGGGUGGCGGUGGGAGUGGUGGUGGGGGUGGAGGUGCUGGUGGCGCUAGUGGGGGCGGAGGCGGCGGCGGCGGUGGCGGUGGGAGCGGAGGUGGCGGAGGUGGCGGCGGUGGAGGAGGCGGCGGAGGCGGCGUGGUGA